GCUGAGUAGUUGUGGCGGCCGUUUCCGUCCUGUUGAUUAGUGUUUCUUCCUUGCCGGAGCGACUGGGUAGACCGCGGCGUCAUGGUCGAGGAGGUACAGAAACAUUCUGUGCACACACUUGUGUUCAGGUCAUUGAAGAGAACCCAUGACAUGUUUGUGGCUGAUAAUGGAAAACCUGUGCCUUUGGAUGAAGAGAGCUUCCUGCUGCUCUCAGAGCCUUGCUGAGCUGAAAUUGUACCUGGCCAGUACCUCUACUCCCAUCUUUUCUCUCACAAACGAAAAAUGGCAAUCAAGCUGCGUAAUGAGUAUGGUCCUGUGUUGCAUAUGCCUACUUCAAAAGAAAAUCUUAAAGAGAAAGGCCCUCAGAAUGCAUCAGAUUCAUAUGGACACAAACAAUAUCCUGCCAAUCAAGGACAAGAAGUUGAAUAUUUGGUGACAGGUACACAUCCGUAUCCACCAGGACCUGGGGUUGCUUUGACAGCGGACACUAAGAUCCAAAGAAUGCCAAGUGAAUCAGCUGCACAGUCCUUAGCUGUGGCAUUACCUACUUCUCAAGCCAGGGUCGAUGCAAACCGUAGUGCACCUGCUGGAGGUGAAUACCGACACCCUGGGGCUUCUGACCGGCCACAGCCUGCAGGGGCGGUUGUUAUGGACGGCAGCAAUGCCAAGAACUCCGCACUGAUGGCUAAAAAAGCCCCUACAAUGCCAAAACCUCAGUGGCACCCACCGUGGAAACUCUACAGAGUGAUCAGUGGGCAUCUUGGCUGGGUUCGAUGUAUUGCUGUGGAACCUGGAAACCAGUGGUUUGUUACUGGAUCUGCUGACAGAACUAUAAAGAUCUGGGACUUGGCUAGUGGCAAGUUAAAACUGUCAUUAACUGGGCACAUCAGUACAGUGCGUGGUGUGAUAGUGAGCACGAGAAGCCCGUACCUGUUCUCCUGUGGAGAAGACAAACAAGUCAAAUGCUGGGAUCUUGAGUAUAAUAAGGUUAUAAGGCACUAUCAUGGACAUCUGAGUGCAGUGUAUGGUUUAGAUCUGCACCCAACAAUCGACGUGCUGGUGACGUGUAGCCGAGACUCAACUGCACGGAUUUGGGAUGUGAGAACUAAAGCCAGUGUACACACGUUAUCUGGACAUACUAAUGCGGUGGCUACAGUGAGGUGUCAAGCUGCAGAACCACAAAUUAUUACUGGAAGCCAUGACACUACAAUACGAUUAUGGGAUUUGGUGGCUGGAAAAACAAGAGUCACAUUAACAAAUCACAAAAAAUCAGUCAGGGCUGUGGUUUUACAUCCAAGACAUUACACAUUUGCCUCUGGUUCUCCAGAUAACAUAAAACAGUGGAAAUUCCCCGAUGGAAGUUUCAUUCAAAAUCUUUCUGGUCACAAUGCUAUUAUUAAUACACUGACAGUAAAUUCUGAUGGAGUGCUUGUAUCUGGAGCUGACAAUGGCACUAUGCAUCUUUGGGACUGGAGAACUGGCUACAAUUUCCAGAGAGUUCAUGCAGCAGUGCAGCCUGGGUCUUUGGACAGUGAGUCAGGAAUAUUUGCUUGUGCUUUUGAUCAGUCUGAAAGUCGGUUAUUAACAGCUGAAGCUGAUAAAACCAUUAAAGUGUACAGAGAGGAUGAUACAGCGACAGAAGAAACUCAUCCAGUCAGCUGGAAGCCAGAAAUUAUCAAGAGAAAAAGAUUUUAAUGUGGCAUUGUCUUCAUGGUGGUUCCAGUUUUGUUUUUUGUUUCUUUUUUAGCUUGGUGUUGAUGAGAAUAUCCAGUCACUUGUGCUCUGGCUAGGAAUAUAAAGCAAAAACUCACAUGCUUGAAUCAUUGCUUUUUCAUAUUUUACAAUGAAGAGGACCCUCUCCCCAUGUUUUUAUUUCUAAAAUAAACAGUUUGAGAUCCUAGGAGGUAAGAUGCAGAUAUCAAGCAUAUGUGGGUUUGUUGAACAUAACUAUCCUAAAGAUAGAAUUAAAACACACUUUUUUUUUUUUUUAACUUACAGAACUGCUUACUGUAGUAGGACAUGUUUUGAGGGGAGCAGUCUUUCUUUUUAAUCCUUUAAAAACUGGUAUCUGUGACUGAUAAUUUGGGAUUAAAGGAUUUGAAGCGUUAA